CUUUGACGUCACAAGCAGCUUUGUCUUGUGUGGAUGAUGGAGAGGCUACAACCUCCACUGGACCAACUUGUCUGUGUCCCGGUUUUCGAGGACUUUACUUUAGUAGUCUAUGAGAAAUUGCAACGUAAGCGUGCAGUCAUCGAUAUAAAAAUAAGGCUCUAGCUCUGGUCAUGAUGGAUGCUCAAAUAUCAGAAAGAGGAGUUGAUAGUCUGAGGACUCAUUUUAAUGGACCCAGCUCGUGCAAUAAUGCUAAUGGAAAAAGAAUUAUGUCCAAAAAAUCGCGUUCAAAAAGAGGCAAAAGAGGGAAGAGGCGACGAACUAAAAAGACAAGGAAUAACAAAGCACCACCAUAUUUACCACCAGAGGCUGAAGAGGGAAAUAUUGAAUAUAAGCUCAAACUGGUGAACCCUACUCAAUAUAGAUUUGAGCACCUGGCCACACAAAUGAAGUGGCGUCUGCAGGAAGGACGAGGAGAGGCAGUGUACCAGAUCGGGGUAGAGGACAAUGGCUUGCUAGUUGGUCUGUCAGAAGCAGACAUGAGAGCUUCACUGAAGACCCUGCGCAGGAUGGCAGAAAAGGUUGGUGCUGAUAUCACACUACUCAGGGAGAGAGAGGUGGACUAUGACUUGGAAAGAAACUCUCGUAAAAUCGCAGAGGUUCUUGUUCGAAAAGUUCCAGAUGACCAGCAGUUUCUAGACCUUCGUGUUGCUGUUCUGGGACAUGUGGAUUCUGGGAAAUCAACUCUAUUAGGUGUCCUGACACAAGGAGAGCUAGAUAAUGGCAGAGGUCGAGCCCGCCUCAACCUGUUCCGGCACCUUCAUGAGAUCCAGACCGGGAGGACCUCCAGCAUCAGCUUUGAAAUUCUGGGGUUCAAUAGCAAAGGAGAGGUGGUGAACUACAGUGACUCCCGUACAGCUGAAGAGAUUUGCGAAAGCUCCUCCAAGAUGAUCACCUUUAUUGACCUGGCGGGCCACCACAAGUACCUGAAGACCACUAUCUUCGGCCUCACUAGCUACUGCCCGGACUUUGCCAUGCUAGUAGUCAGCGCUAACACGGGCAUAGUCGGUACCACUCGAGAGCACUUAGGCCUGGCCAUGGCCCUCAAAGUGCCGAUCUUCAUUGCCGUUAGCAAGGUGGACUUAUGCGGCAAGGGUACGGUGGAGCGGACCGUGCGCCAGCUGGAGCGAGUGCUAAAGCAGCCCGGAUGUAACAAGGUCCCCAUGGUGGUGGCCAGCCCAGACGAUGCUGUCACUGCUGCCCAACAGUUUGCUCAGUCCUCCAGCAUCACACCAAUAUUCACACUGUCCAGUGUGUCCGGGGAGAGUUUGGACCUGCUCAAGGUGUUCUUGAACAUUCUCCCACCCCUCAGCAACAGCAAAGAGCAGGAGGAGCUCAUGCAGCAGCUGACAGAGUUCCAGGUGGAUGAGAUUUACACAGUACCAGAUGUGGGCACCGUGGUGGGUGGAACGCUCUACAGUGGGGUGUGUAAGGAGGGCGAGAGGCUGGUGGUGGGGCCUACGGACGAGGGCCGCUUCCUGCGCCUCAGGGUGGGCAGCAUCCAGAGGAACCGCUCAGCCUGCAGGGUGCUCAGGGCCGGCCAGGCCGCCACACUGGCUCUGGGAAACUUUGAUCGUUCUCUGCUUCGGAAGGUUAAACGGAAAAGGAAACACUUUACAGGCAUGGUGAUGGUCAGCCCUAAGAUGAACCCCACCAUCUGCUGUCUGUUUGAGGCGGCCAUCGUUCUCCUGUUCCACGCCAAGACGUUCCGCAGGGGCUCCCAGGUCACAGUGCACGUUGGGAACGUGAGACAGACAGCCACUGCUGAGAGCCUGGAUGGGAAGGAGGAGCUGCGUACGGGCGAGCAGGCGGUGGUCUGCUUCCGCUUUCUCAAGCAUCCGGAGUACCUCCGCCUGGGAGCCAAGCUGCUCUUCAGGGAGGGCGUCACCAAGGGCAUCGGCCAUGUCACACGCCUGCUGCCUGCUUCCCAGCACCACGACCAGAACCACGACCAGAACCUGAAGGACCACUGAUUAGGGAGUGUCAUGGGUGGAGAAGGAGAGGAGGAACACCACUCUCUCACACAUGCACCCCAGACGGAGACAGAUGCCCAGUAGUGGUCCGUGAUUGCCCAACCCAUCCUGAUACAAGGAUGACAUCAGAGUAGAUUGGAUUCCACACAUCACCCAUCGCAUUUAAAUCAGUGCCACUGUUUUGCCAUAUAUUUACGUCCUUAUUUACCCACACUGUUGUUCCACGUCGGGACAUGUAUUUGAUCAGACACUGUUGAUCCCUUUGGUAUUCUGGAGUAAAGCUGGGAUAAGUAUCCCUCUCCUGCCCUCUGGCCUCCAGCAUAUUAUAGUAAUGCUGGGUGACCCGUUUAAGUGCUAAAGAAAAAAAAGAACUUGCUGAAAUCCUGAAGCAGAUUACUUUAAAAAGGCAAUUCUCUGCAUCAGUCUGUUUCCUAUCCCUGGUUUAUUUUGCUUCUCUCCAAAUUAAUGUGAGACAGACAGAAAAGAGGCAUCGUUUUGAGAUCAAAUAGGGAUAUCUUUUACUGCAAAUCUGUUUUGGGAUAGGCGGAUCCAAUGCAGUAGUUGCUUAAUUUUUAUUUUGAGUAUUUAGGGAUUACAUAGACUAAAUACCAGGAUGUCCCAUGAAAGUCCUUUCAACAUGGUCGCCAGUGUUUAAACGUUGCAUGGAAGCAAGGGCCAAACCAAACUUUGACAUUUGAUUU